AUGAUAGUCGAGCCAGUUCCCACACUUUUUGCGCAUAAGGGAAUUGGAAGAGCAGAUGGAGGAUUGAUUCUUCUGUGUUGCAGCGCUUACAAAGAGGGGAGAUCGGAAUGUUUCGGAUGGCAAACUGUUCUCCUACAGAUGUUGAGAUUCCAACCCAUGGACUAUGAUACCCUAGAUAUCUCUGGAGAGAACUAUCUAAGAUGGGCAAUAAAUAUCUCGGUUAUACUAACGAUAGAAGGUCUUAGUGAAUGUAUCAUCAAGGAUGAUCAUGGAACCGAGAAUGAGAAAUAUAAGGCAUUAACAGUAAUGCGCCAUCAUCUCAAUGUGGAACUGAGAAAUCAGUACCAAGGUAUACAAAGUUCUCGAUGCCUUUGGACAGAGUUAAAGUCCAAAUACACUAAGGUGAUAUUACCAAAGGCAAGGCAUGAGUGGAUGAGCCUCAGUUUCCGGGACUUUGGGUCCGUGGAAAAAUACAAUUAUGCUCUAUCCAAAGUAGCUCAUACACUGAUGUUUUGUGGUGAAAAGUUGACAGAGGAGGAAUUACUUGAAAAAGUUUUCUCCACAGCAGAUCCAAAAGAUCUAUUCCUACAACUAACCUAUCGAGAUAAAGGUUUCACCACAUACAACGAUCUGUUCUUAUACUUAUCUCAAAAUGAACAGAUGAAUCAGAUGAAAGAUGAUAUGAGCGGCUAUGAGGCAGAUAGUGAUGAUGAAUAA